CGUUCUGCCGGGGUUUCGCAAAGCCCAAGCAAGUGUGAUCUCAGGAAUCUGCUGCGUACUUGGUCUCAAACGCUCCCCUUUAUUAUUCUUGAUUGCACCAUGACGAACGGAUUUCAGCAACCAAAGCUACUGUGGAAGCCCUCGCGUCCCGAGGAGACUCAAAUGGCAAAGUUCAAGUCAUUCAUUGAAAGGAGAUAUCAUUUAAAGCUUGCAAAUUACGAUGCAUUAUGGAAAUGGUCGGUGGAAAACUAUCCGGAAUUUUGGGCGUCUGUUUGGGAGUACUGUGGAGUUAAAGCCUCAGUUCCCUAUACAGAGGUGGUUGAACGCGACGUCUCCAUGGACAAUAUACCCAAGUGGUUCAAGGGAGCUCGAUUAAACUUUGCGGAAAACCUUUUGGCUAGACGCGAUGAUCAUAUUGCCCUCAUUGGCGCUGGUGAAGGACACCUAUAUGUCCAAUACACAUACAAGCAAACGUAUGAGCGCGUUCGGGCAUGUGCUGCAGCGCUUCGCAGACAUGGUGUUCGGGCAGGCGAUCGUAUCGCGGGUUACCUUCCCAACUGCCCCGAAACGGUCAUUGUGUUUUUGGCCGUUACCAGUCUUGGCGCUAUCUGGUCAUCAACAUCUCCCGACUUUGGCGUAACCGGAGUUCUGGAGAGAUUUUCUCAAGUGAAGCCAAAGAUCCUGUUUUCCGUCAACGCGGUGAUGUACAACGGCAAAGCUCAUGAUCACCUAGGAAAAUUGAGGGAGGUUGCGGAAGGUUUAGAAUCAUUAGAGAAAGUGAUCAUUAUACCCUUCGUUGAGCAGCCCUUCGAUGCAACGAUGAUCCCGAAGGGAGAGACGUAUAAGGACUUCCUGAUCACUGAUGAUGGCAGGGACAUCAUCUUUGAGCAGCUCCCGUUUUACCAUCCCUUGGUUAUUCUGUACAGCUCUGGGACCACAGGAAAACCGAAGUGUAUUGUCCAUUCCGCAGGGGGCAUCCUCAUUCAGCAUCUCAAAGAGCAUGUCAUUCAUGGGGACUUGUCAGAAGACGAUGUAUUCUUUUACUAUACAACUACUGGCUGGAUGAUGUGGAAUUGGCUUGUCAGCGGUUUGGUGGCUGGAGCGACUCUGGUUUUGUACGAUGGCAGCCCUUUCAAGCCCACUCCGGCGCGAUUAUUGGACUUGAUUGAUGAAUUAAAGAUUACUGUUUUCGGCACGUCUGCCAAGUACAUUCAGAGCUUACAAGAGGCCAAGGUGACUCCAAUCAAGUCCCACAACCUGAGUACCCUGCGAACCAUUUACUCCACCGGAUCUCCAUUGAAGCCUGAAAGCUUCGACUAUGUAUAUACACAAAUCAAGGAGGACGUGUUACUCGGCUCAAUUACAGGUGGCACCGAUAUUGUAUCUCUAUUUGCGGGUCAUAAUGCUGCGUUACCUGUCUAUCGUGGGGAGAUCCAGUGUCGAGGUCUGGGGAUGAGCGUGGAAGCGUGGGACGACGCGGGCAAGCCGGUGUACGAUGAACCUGGAGACCUGAUCUGUACCAAGCCAUUCCCUGUUAUGCCUGUAUACUUCUGGAAUGACCCAGAGAAUGAAAAGUACAGAGCCGCAUACUUUUCUCGGUUUGAGGGUGUCUGGUACCAUGGAGACUUUGUACUCAUUAACUCAAAAACUGGCGGAUUUCACAUGCUUGGUCGCAGCGAUGGUACCCUAAAUCCGGGAGGUGUCAGAUUCGGCAGUGCUGAACUUUACAACAUCUUGGACCAGUUCCCACAGCUUGCUGACACGCUUGUGGUCGGGCAAAAGCGCGGAGCCGACGAAAGAGUUAUCCUAUUCUGUAAGAUGGCGGACGGACACCAGUUUACCCCCGAAUUUGUAGAGUCUAUCAAAUCCACCAUAAAGGGCCUUCUCUCAGCACGCCAUGUACCAGCCGUUAUAUUACCCAUCGCUGACAUCCCGUACACUGUCAAUGGCAAAAAAGUUGAAGUGGCUGUGAAAAGGAUCAUUUCGGGAGAGACUUUGAUCCCUAGUGGUACGCUGGCCAACCCGGAAUCACUCAAAUUAUAUUACAACCUUCCCGAAUUGAAGUAAGGCAGACAUCUGUGCAAUGGGCUAUUUUCUGGUAGUCACACGGCAUGUAUAGAUGUAGCGUCAAUAGACUUGACUCUAGUGCAUUCACUGUAGUGCAGAUGGUUGUUUUGGCAGUUAAAUGUGAAUUGCCUGUAGUAGAAGUACUAUUUCCUCAACCGAACCACCAGCAUCUUGAUAUGCUGGUAACACUUUGUCAGACCGAUCAUCAUCUUCUCCA